CCGGGGGAGGUGGGGGCAGGAUUAGAGGGAAGCGGCGGCCCCGCCCUCCCCCUUCUCCCUGGGAUAGAGCCGAGGGGGAGAUGGCCCGGGAGAGGCGGCACUGGCACCAUGGCAUUACCCAGCCUGCUGGUGGCUCUGAUUUUAGGGACGACCUCCGCAGCGGGCAGCUUUGACGCGGCCUCUCUUAACCCUCCCCUUGCCCCUGCUCAUGGCCCGCAGCAUCCCCGCUCGCACCUCGCCCCGCCGGCCCCGCGGCACCAGCCCGGCUGCCCUGGAGGCGAGGGGUCAGGGGGGCGCUUUGUUAACGUGACUGAGUUCGGCGCCGAGUGCCUGCCCUGGGCGGAGGUGCCCACUUUCCUGGAGAAGACCCCCCAGGGGAAGGGGCUGCGGGGCCAGCACAACUUCUGCAGGAACCCCGACGGCAGGAGCAGACCCUGGUGCUUCUACAGGAACAGCCGGGGCAGGGUGGACUGGGACUACUGUGACUGCAAACAAGGGUCAGUGCGACUUCGAGGUGGCAAGAAUGAGUUUGAAGGCACAGUUGAAGUUUAUUUGAAUGAUUGGGGAACAAUCUGCAGCAGUCAUUGGGACAAUAAUGAUGCAUCAGUCAUAUGUCGGCAGCUUGAGCUUGGCAAAAGAGGUACAGCAAUGUAUACACCAUUUUCUGGACUGGGCCUUAUCCCUGUUUAUUGGAGUGAUGUACGUUGCCAUGGUGAUGAAGAAACUAUACUGCUGUGUGAAAAAGACAUCUGGCAGGGCGGAACAUGUCCUCAAAAAAUGGCAGCUGCUGUCAUGUGUAGCUUUUCCCAUGGUAAAACUUUCCUUUAUUCCAUCCGUCUGGCUGGUGGGAGCAAUGCUCAUGAAGGAAGAGUAGAAGUCUACCACACUGGCCAAUGGGGGACUGUCUGUGAUGACCAGUGGGAUGAUGCAGAUGCUGAAGUUGUCUGUAGGCAGCUGGGCCUGGGUUAGGGAGUAGCCAAGGCAUGGAGCCAUGCUUACUUUGGAGAAGGCUCAGGCCCAGUGCUGCUGGACGAAGUACGUUGUACAGGGAACGAGCUGUCCAUAGAACAGUGUCCAAAGAGCUCCUGGCGAGAACACAACUGUGGCCACAAAGAAGAUGCAGGAGUUUCCUGCACACCUCUUGCAGAUGGUGCAAUAAGACUAGCAGGUGGGAAAGGCACUCAUGAAGGACGUCUGGAGGUACAUUACAGCAGGCAGUGGGGCACAGUCUGUGAUGACGGGUGGACUGAGCUGAAUACACAGGUGGUCUGUCGGCAGCUGGGAUUUAAGUAUGGCAAAAGUGCAGCAGAAAGCUACUCAGAAGAGAGUACUAGGCCUAUCUGGUUGGAUGAUGUCAGCUGCUCAGGAAAAGAAUCAACCAUCCUUCAGUGCUCAAAGAGAGAGUGGGGAAAGCAUGACUGCAGCCAUCAGGAGGAUGUCAGAAUAACCUGUCACCCAGAUAAUGACAGCCAUAGAUUCUCACUGGGUCCUCCCAUCAGGCUGAUGGAUGGUGAGACUAAGAAAGAAGGACGUGUGGAGAUUUUUAUCAAUGGUCAGUGGGGCACAAUUUGUGAUGAUGGAUGGUCUGAUAAGGAUGCAGCUGUGGUCUGUCAACAGCUUGGCUACAAAGGCUCAGCUAGAGCAAGGACUAUGGCAUAUUUUGGGGAAGGGAAAGGACCAAUCCACGUGGAUAAUGUGAAAUGUACAGGAAAUGAGAGAUCCCUGGCAGACUGCAUAAAACAGGAUAUUGGAACACACAACUGCCGUCACAGUGAAGAUGCUGGCGUGAUCUGCGACUACCUUGGCAAGAAGGCCUCCGGGAACAGUAAUAAAAAUUCCCUUGCUUCUGUUUGUGGAUUGAGGUUACUGCAUCGUCGACAGAAGCGGAUAAUUGGUGGGAAAAAUUCUUUAAGGGGCGGCUGGCCCUGGCAGGUUGCCCUCCGACUGAAAUCAUCUCAUGGUGAUGGAAGACUCUUAUGUGGCGCCACACUCAUCAGCAGCUGCUGGGUGCUCACUGCAGCACACUGUUUUAAGAGGUAUGGCAACAACACUAGGAACUAUUCUGUACGAGUUGGAGAUUAUCACACACUGGUUCGGGAGUAUGAGCAGAAAAUUGGAGUCCAACAGAUCAUGCUGCACAAAGAAUACAGGCCUGACAGCAACGACUAUGAUAUUGCACUAGUGAGGUUGCAGGGACGAGAACAGUGUGCCAGAUUCAGCACCCAUGUCUUACCUGCAUGUUUGCCACUGAGGCGAGAGAGGCCACAGAAAACUGCCCCCAACUGUUAUAUCACUGGGUGGGGUGACACAGGAAGAGCCUAUUCAAGAACAUUACAACAAGCUGCCAUCUCCCUACUUCCUAAGAGACGUUGUGAAGAGCGUUAUAAGAGAAGGUUCACAGGGAGGAUGCUCUGUGCUGGAAACCUCCAAGAACAGAAACAUGUGGACAGUUGUCAGGGAGACAGUGGUGGACCACUCAUAUGUGAACGUCCAGGGGAAAGUUGGGUUGUCUAUGGGGUGACUUCCUGGGGUUACGGCUGUGGAAUCAAAGACUCUCCAGGUGUCUACACCAAAGUCUCUUCCUUUGUACCCUGGAUAAAAAGUGUGACCAAACUGUGAUCAUCCCGGCUCAAACAGUAAAAGGAAGUUUCUGAGUUAGAUGAGGCAGCUUGAACAGCACAGCCAAUGCACAGCUGGGCCCACACUGGGUAGGAAAUGGACACAUUCUUCUGUUUUGCAUGUUUUUAUUUUUGUUGAAUCAAGGAUGCAUAUUCACACUAUUUGUACAGUUAGAUUAAUGUGCAAUUUCCCUCAUGUUGAGCAAAAGUUUAUAUUUGCAUGGGAAAAUGCAAUAUACAUAAGAUUGGAGGGGAAAAGGGGCCAAUAUUUUACUCCAAUAUUGGAUUGGGACAAUUUCAGAGUUCAAUAUAUAGUUAUGCCCCACAGGAAGACUGCACUGGCAUUUAUGCUUCAGCUUCCUCCGAGAAUUACUUAUAAUCCUCACUUCCAGACUAACCUACUUAGUUUGAUGGUUGCCCCACUUAGAACUCCUCUAAUCUUAAAAAAGGCAUUGUCUUUCUAUUCUCAUGUAUGUUUCAGGUAUAAGCACAGCACAGGCUUUGCAUGCACAGGUCACAUUUGUCCCUGGAUCAUUCUUAGUAACACAGUAGGUCUACACCCUUCAGUAGAGCAGAUUGAUUGCAAGACCUGCCAAUAAUUAAAACCCAAUUCUUCAGAACAAAUGUCCACACAGAUUAGCGUCCCCCCCACUCUCUAAAUAAUGCACAAUGUCCAAGAACAACUGGUCAAUGCAGUGGGGUAGAGUAAAAUUCUGGCAAAUAAUGUGCCCUGUACACCCACAGGUGCCAGAUUAAAAAAUAAAAGGGGGCGGGGGAGAUAGGAGUAUAUUUGAAUUUCAGAAACAGAAUAUCUUCAUUUAAAGAAAUGCCAAAAAAGACGUUAUUUUUGAUGGGAAUUAUAUUGUCCUAUCCUGACAUCCACUAACAACUGUGGAUGCACCAAAAGCACUUGCCUAAAGGAGAUAGGAUAAUCCAAAAAUUUUCCUUGAAUAAAAAUGAAGGUUACUUACCUAUAAUAGUUCUUUGAGAUGGGUCUGCAUAUUCACACUUAAAGGUACUCCACACUUAUAGGUACUCACUGCCUUUGGUGCCUUAUAGCAAACACCUGUUCCAACAGUGUAAGCUAGAGCAGUGUUUCCCAGCUGGUGUGCCAGAGCACACUGAUAUGCCACCAUCCUCAAACAAAUGUGCCACGGAAUUUUUGAAAAAGUACAUGUGAGGACCUGGGGGAAAGCCACCUUCUAGCUGGCUGUCUCCCUCGCUGCCCAGCCUCCUCCAGGGAUGGAGCAACCAAUCAGAGCUCAAUGUCCCUCCUCUGUGUGAGCAAGGGAUUGGCUUCUCUGUCCCUCCCCUUCCCCGCUGUAGCCACCAGUUGGGGGGGGAAGAGCCCCUGAAGCUCGAGGGGUGCCCUGGCAAAGAAAAUGUUGGGAACCACUGAGCCAGGGUGCUCUUGUAUCCCCCACCCUUCCCAUCAGCAUCACAACGCACUGUGAGCGAGGCUAUAAGGGGUGGAAUGCCCUCACCACCUCAGUUCCUUCCACUGCAAAGCAAGAGACAGAAUAACAAUGACUCUGUCAGAGAAGGGAAGGUAGGAGGCAUGAAUAUGCAGACCCAUCUUGAAGAACUCCAAAUACAAGUAAGUAACCUUCAUUUCUUUGAGUGGUUCUGCAUAUUCUCACUUAAGGGAUAGACCGAUAAGCAGUGCUGAAACUAACAUGGGGGCAGGGACAGAUUCCUAGUUGAAUAGGCUGAGGCGCUGCCUUGCCAAAUCUGGCAUCCAGGCUAGAAGCCAAGUCCAGAGCAUAGUGCUAGGUGAAAGUAUACACCUAAGUCCAUGUUGCAGCUUUGCAAGAUUUCAGCAUCUGGCACCUGCCUAAGACAAAGGAAGUAGCCACAGCUGUAAUGAAAUGUAGCUGGAUUGCAGCAGGCAUAGGAACUUUUGCCAAUGUGUAGAACUCAGCAGUACAUUGUUUAAUCCACUGACAACUAUCUUGUUCUUAUGAAAAGAAGUAAUAAAAAAGUGAGUCAGCCACAAGGGCUUUCAAUUCACUUACUCUCCUGGCUGAUGCAAUGGCAAUAAUGAAAACUGCACAGGCAAAACUGCUCAAGAGCGGACACAUUCAGAAUCCAUUCAUGCACACCCACUGUAGGUCCAGUCUGGCAGCUACAUAAUACCAAUACCUGCAACAUAUUUCCUUGCAGAUAUUUCAUCCAAUUCCUAAUCAGCUUGUUCACAUUAAAUUUAUGACAUGAGAAAAAAAAUUAGAGCCUAAAGCUGUAUGACUGCAGGUUAGUCCUUUCAAAUUCUAAGAUUUUUCUUUUCAAAAUGUAUGACUAAAAAAUAACAAAAUAGCCAGUUUUCAUAGACCUGUACCUCCCAAAAAGCAUUCGUUUCCUCGGCUGAUUCUCUACUAUUCUCAAGACUAUAGAAACCCAUGAUUAAACACUAUAAAAAGUAUUUCAGUGAAAAAUGCAACCCUUAUUGAUGUGGCAAUACAAGUAUUAAUUACACAAAAUUAUUUAUUAGUCCGUAAGAAACAGUCACUACGUUAUAACAUUGUUAUACUAACCUUCUUUGUUAGUGGUCCCAAAAUUAUUCAAGAUACACAAACACGAAACUUGUGCUAUUUCUAGGAUAAAUGGGAUGCACAUUAAGGGCAUUCUAAACUGUUAUACACAAAUAUUUUCUUUGUUCAUGACAUCUUUGACAAACGAUCACUUUUUAAAAGAUGUAAUGAAACCUUUGUGGGCCAAGGAACAUUCAAAAGUGUGAAAAUGUGGCAGUUCUGUGUCACCAUAUUAUGAUUGUACAAUAUUGUGACAAGUAACCAGUAUUUAAUGGUAUGUGUUUCCCUUCCCUAUCCUGGGAAUUCCAGUUGUGACAAUGUGUUGUGGCCUUGUGUGCACAAAAUGCAAUGCUUGUAGUAAUGUAUGAUAGAUUUGUAACUGUGUGUUACACUCAUGUCUGUAUGUCAUGUACACGUCCAGUUCUAUUACUGUUACCCAAUUACCUUCGUUAGCAUGCAAAAGAGUUGUGGCAAUAUUGUAGACUCCCUAUAUGUGAUGUAAUUCUUAUUCAGACUUGGCCCUUAAUUUAAUGGCAAUUAAUGUUUUAAAGGGCCAUACCCAAUUUAAACAUCUUGUUGGAAUUGGUGCUAUAUUAGUAUAAUCAGGUGCUUUUAUACAGUAUUGGUACAACUUUCUGUGAUUUUGCACUAUUUGGAUAACAUAAAACAAAUGCAAAUAAAUAUAUUGAGUUCAACAUCUGGAGAGCCAACUAUUAUGUGAAACAAUCAGCUGAUGCAAUCUAAAAGUUAACGUUCAUUGCUUAUAUACACAAAUCUUUUUUGUUUAAAAUAACUAAAGUGAAUCUACUGAAUGAAGGAGAAGAAAAUUUAACAAAAAAAAUCUGUAUCAUAGAACCCUUGCCAUACAUAGUGCAUUGAUUUGAGAAUUUUGUAGUGAAGUAGAGACUAUACAGCACAAUAAGCUAGGAAAGAAAGGUGUUAGGAGUGGGGAUGUGGAAUUGUCUGAUUUUCAGAACCUGAAUCACCAAGGAUCAGAUUUGGAGAAUUUAAGAAAAAUCAUCAUGUAGCAGAGUAGUAUCUGUUUAGAUUUCCUAGCAGUCCAUUAGUUUUUUGCUUACUGGGCUCUUUUCAUGAGAAGCUUGACUUCGGUAAUUAACUAGAUCAGCAAUUCCACAUACCCCUGGGGCUGUGUGAGGGUACUGCAGGGGAUCUAUGGGCCCUGAUCAACUCUUCCCCCUCCCUCCCAGCACCUCCUGCAUGCUGACUGCAGGAGACAGUGGGAAAAAGCUGAAGGAGCAGGGAUGGCACGCACUUAGGAGAAGGAAGAGAAGGAGCAGCGGUGGGGCUUCGGGAAAAGGGUGAAAUGGGGGCAGGGCUUGGGGGUGAGCAGCAGGUUUGGGGGUCGGCAAAAUUUUUUAUAUCAAAACGGGGAUCCUUGGGUUGCUAGUUUGAGAACCGCUGAACUAGAUUUUAAAAUGUUGCACUAAAACUUUUAUCCAGAUAACAUGCCUUUUUUAUUAUCUAAAGUAAAUGGAGUUGUCUUACGUUAUACUAUAUCUUUUUUCAGUGAACCUGUAUAGUGUGAACUGGUAUAAUAAAAGCUGCCACAUUUGUUGGAACCCUUCUUCACAGGUUAAAGUCAACAUAUAUAAUCCAGUGAAUAAUUCAUGUGCAAACUUUAAUACAGGAAGUGUGUCACACUAUAUUUAAUCAGUUUACAAUGGUAUGAAUUUUAAUAGGUGGAAAAGUGUACUUUGAAGAAUUUUGUGAAUCAGUUGUCUCCAAAGCCUUUCAUAUCCAGACAAGUUUUCCUUUAGGGAAUAACCACUGAGUGGAAUUUUCUUCUGGAAUCUAAAAUGAACCAGCUAAACAAGUCUUGAUAUAUUGAUAGAAAUUAAGAAACAAUACAGACUCGAGAUAAAUACCUCUGCCAAUGCAGGAUUGCUAACUACAAUAUAUUCUCCAAUGUUUUCCACACUUUUGGUCUAACCAUUUUUAACUCUUGAGUUAAAAAUAUGAGAACCUUGUCUCUAUGGCUAUGAAGUGGAAUAAUAAUGCAUCAUUAGCAUAAGCAAUGGUGGAAGCCACAGACAAGACUUGGGGCAUUUUAUCACAGCGGAUGAGAUUAGUAACAAACCCCUGAAAGAAAUAUAUGUAUCCUAGUUUCCAUCACUGGUUUUGCUAGUGAGAACUACAGCUACAAAAGUUAUUUUACUUUGAUGUACUCUAGUAAACACGCUUUGAGUCAACAUUUCCCAGAUUUCUGAAAGCUGACCCCUCCUCAAUUAUGCAUUCACAUGGUUUCAGUUUACCAAGGACAGUGACAUAACACUUUGGUAAACUUUGUGACCUGUAAUCACUUGGGUGUAAUUAAAGUUUGGAAGAAAUACCCAUAGGAAGAAGUAGCGUAUGCACUUCCCUCAGCAGCACCCCCCAUGACUAUCCAAAGUAGUUACUGAAAAUGAGGCAUUCUACCCAUUAACCAUUUUAAAUUUACCAGUUUGGGUGUACAGUCCCAGCUCCAACCUAGAUAAACUGCAUUUAUUUUAACACUAUCAUUUGUUCUGCUUAAGUACAAUAGCUGUGCUUUAAGAACAUUUAUUCCCAGAUGGAAGAACAAAUGCUUUUAAGGGAUUUGCUUAGUUGGAGAGCAUUCUAUUUGACCUAGCAUAGUUAUGUAUUUUUAAACUGAUUGUGAAAAACUGAGUUCAAAACUCAUGAUUAGGAUUCCAAACAAACUUAACCACCCUUCUACUAAAUUUAAAAUUAAAGUAGCAAAUUAACAGUUACAGACACUCAUGUUUAAAGCUUGUUUUCUUCAUGAGAUGUUAGUGCAUUGCUCAAACACAAAGUGAGGAGUAACUGAAGGACCACUAGCAUUUAUAUGACAAAUGAGCUACUUUACCGAGCAUACUUAAAUGGCCUUUGGCAAAGCUUUAAAAAAAUAGAAGUUUAAUAACCAAUAAUUUGGUGUGUUCUGCUUUUUAAAAGUAACUACUGGAGAACAUUUCAAUACAGUGAUAUCUGCUCAACCAAGCUUUUCAGUUAUCUGUUGGGAAAGCUUUAGUUUGAAUGCAGAUAUUCAAAAGAAUGCCUUUCAGUAAAAGGCACAUUGUUUCCCUUCCUCAAAAGACAUAUGUAAAACUCUCCUCCUGUUAUGGGGAUUUAAAAACGGAAAAUUGUAGCUCAUUACAUCUAAAGACUUAACAACGCAUUAAUAAUGACAAAACCCAUUUCCUGAAUUAUCUAGGUGAACCUCCUUGAAAUCUAAGAGAGAAAUACUUGACUAUUUAAGAGCUUAAUAUUAGUUAUCCUUUGAUGUGUUUCACAUGUAUGAAAAACUACAAGCAGCUAAGUAUUCUCCUUCAGUUGUUUAAUACCUACUAUCGGCCUGGAAUGGUGCUCAACUACUGUUCAGAAAUUCUCAUAGAAGUCUGUUUAACCACAACAUACCAUGUUCUUCAUGACUUAUGUCAUUCUGUAAAGUUUCAAAAUAACCUUGGCAGGCAUUGGCACAUUCAGUUUUCUGGAAGUAUCCUGCACCAAUGAGCUGCAUUAGGUCAAGUUUACACUAUAAACUUUUACUACAUCAUAGCUACAACAGUGUGGGGUGAUCCAGUAUGAUCUGAGAACACAGUUGUGCUGGCUCAAGUCCCCACUAGACAGACAGCACCAAAACUAUGCUUUUGCCAGUAUAAACUGUAUACUGGCGUAUCUAUACUGACAUAGCACUCCUUGUGUAGAUAUGGCCCUACAUGGCAGUAGCUCUAAAAAAGGAAGUAUGACACGUGCAAUAAGAAUAUACAGGAAGUUGUGUAAUCAGUGUAUUUUCUUCAAAUGGCCUAGUACUUUUGUGAAUGUA